CAAAGCGCUUGCGCACCACGCCUGCUGCCGCCGCGCCCAUCUCCGGGCGUCUAGAUUUCUAUCCUUUCCUCCGGCCCCGCCCAAGCGGCUGCCCGUGACCUGCCUGGGCGCAGGGAACGGAAAGCCGGAAGGGGCAAGACGAGUACAGUUCGCCAUGGGGCUGUUUGGAAAAACCCAAGAGAAGCCACCCAAAGAGCUGGUCAAUGAAUGGUCAUUGAAGAUAAGAAAAGAAAUGAGAGUUGUUGACAGACAAAUAAGAGAUAUCCAGAGAGAAGAAGAGAAAGUGAAACGGUCUGUGAAAGAUGCUGCCAAGAAGGGCCAGAAGGAUGUCUGUGUGGUUCUGGCCAAGGAGAUGAUCAGGUCAAGGAAGACUGUGAGCAAGCUGUAUGUAUCCAAAGCUCACAUGAACUCCGUGCUCAUGGGGAUGAAGAACCAGCUUGCGGUCCUGCGAGUGGCUGGGUCCCUGCAGAAGAGCACAGAAGUGAUGAAGGCCAUGCAGAGUCUCGUGAAGAUCCCAGAAAUCCAGGCCACCAUGCGGGAGCUGUCGAAAGAGAUGAUGAAGGCUGGGAUCAUAGAAGAGAUGUUAGAGGACACUUUUGAAAGCAUGGACGACCAAGAAGAAAUGGAAGAAGAAGCUGAAAUGGAAAUUGACAAAAUCCUCUUUGAAAUUACAGCAGGAGCCUUAGGCAAAGCACCCAGUAAAGUGACCGACGCCCUUCCUGAGCCUGAACCUCCAGGAGCAAUGGCCGCCUCUGAGGAUGAAGAGGAGGAAGAGGCCCUGGAGGCUAUGCAGUCCCGGCUGGCCACACUCCGCAGCUAGGGCCCUCAGGUUCUUCCCUGAGGAACACUGGCCCAUAGGUGUUUGCACACUGAUGAAGAGCUGCCAUUUCAUGUAUCUCUUGCACUACACCUCUGUUGUGAGGCAUUGCAUUUUGGAGAAGGUUCUGUGCUUAUCUCUCUUCCCUGUCUGCAGAGGUUUUGGGCUCUCAAAGGGACUGUUUUUAUGAAGGUGGUGUGAUUAAAUGCAUCAUUUUCAGGAAUAUAAACAGAAAUAUCUUUCUUAUUGGGGAAAGCAGAAAAAUCCUUUUCUUACAAAGCAAUUCUAAGAACAGAGUUGAUUGCUUGAAUGUUUAGGACUCUACAUUUUUUGGGGGGGGGUGUAAAACAUUGUAUAAAAGGAUUUUAAUAAAUUUCUGCUUUAACAUUUA